UGGAGAAGGAAAAGGAGAAUCAUUAAAGAGGGUUUCCUAAUGUCUGCGGAAUCCGAGCGUAUUGACCUCAACUCCGACGUCGUUUUGAGUGAACCGGACAACGAAGCCGCUGUGGCGGAGGCGAACCGUUUGAAUGGUCUGGGAAAAUUCUCCAUGGCUGGUUUUUCGGUGGAAGUAAAAGAAGAAAACAAGGUUAGGGUUUUAGAAGGGGAAAGUAAAAAGGAGGAUUUGGGAAGUGAAGGUUUAGAUAAAGUAGUUAAUGGUGGUGAAUUGGAAGAUCUUUCUUCAAAGGUUUUGGAAUCUGAGGAAUGUAAUGAGAAAGAUGAGCCUUUGAGGGUAAAUGAAGAUCUUUUGAGGAGUUUAGAGGGUGAACAGGAUAUGGAAAAGUGUAAAGGAGAAGUAGACUUGCUGGGAAAGGACAAAGAAGAGGGAGUUUCUUUUGAUGUUGAAAAGGAAAAAGCUAUUGGUGAGGUGGAAAAGGUCGAAAGUUUGGAUAGGGGGGUUUCUUCUGCGGUGAAUGUGAGCUCGAAUGUUGGCAAUUCUAGCCAUUCCGAAAGUCUUGAGGCUGUGGAGCCCAAGACAAUGGAGAGUGCAGAAUCUAUAAGGGAGUUAAAAGAUGAUCUCCCGACCGCAGAAGUGGAAGAGAAACUUGAUUUGGACGAGUCUUUAGACCUGGGAGACUCCAAAAUCAGCGCUGAAUGUGGGCCUGCGCCUUCUGAUGGGUUACAGAAUGGGGUAUUGGAAGUCCAUUUAGAGGCAGAGACCAAGGAAACGGGAGUUCCCAGGAGUAAUGGCAAUGAAACUGAUUCAUUUAAUAUUGUGAUUGAUUUGAAUUCGAAGUCGUCCUCAAAACGCGAGUUGGGUGUUGGUGAUUUGGUGUGGGGCAAAGUGAGGAGCCAUCCAUGGUGGCCUGGGCAGGUUUGUGAUCCUAAGGCUGCAUCACGAAAGGCAAAGAAGUAUUCCAAAAGAGACGCUUACCUGAUAGCAUAUUUCGGGGAUAAUACAUUUGCGUGGAAUGAAGCGUCAAUGGUGAAACCCUUUUUAGAGAACUUUGCCCAAAUGGAGAAGCAUAGCAACACUCAGGAUUUCCACCAGGCAAUUGCUUGUGCUUUGGAGGAGGUCUCGAGAAGGGUAGAGUUUGGGCUGGCUUGUUCCUGCCUGUCUGAAGAAGUGUUUGCCAAGAUUAAGACUCAGAUCAUUGUUAAUGCUGGAAUCCAAGAAGAGUUGAGCAGAAGAGACGGUGGAGAUAGUUCUUUAACUGUCGCUUGCUUUGAACCUAGUAAGCUUGUGGGAUAUAUUAAAGAACUAGCUCAAGUCCCAUAUGAUGUAACUCAUGAUAGUCUAGAACUUGCUUUGGCAAGGUCGCGGUUAUUGGCCUUCUAUCGAUUUAAGGGCUACUCUCAGCUUCCCGAGUUCGAUAUGCUUGGUGGGAUCUUGGAGAAUGAUGCUGACUUUUUGCUGUCAACUGAGAAGAAGCACUGCGAUGAAGCGAGGGUGGCUGUGGAUAAAAAACACAAGGAUGAUGGUGGAUCAGUCUCUCAGAAAAAAGAAAAAUCGAUGAUUCAAGAUUGUUCUUCCCGUAAGCGUAAGCUUACCUAUGGGAAUAUUACAUGUUCAAGUAAAAAGGAGAAAAGCUUGUUGGAUUUGAUGGCUGAGAAACGCAUGAAAACUUCAACCAGUGAAAAUGGUUCAGGAGGCAAAGCUGCCAGUAAGAAACGUAAAGCAGGUGAUGCCACAUCUGAUGGCACCCCGGUGAAAGAAACGAAGAGUAUGGCUGUGGAGGUUGAUAAUAAGCCUCUGCAGAGCAAGCAGACUUUUAGAGUAGGAGAUAGCAUCCGAAGGGUUGCGAGCCAAUUAAAUGGGUCGAGUCCAAUACUCAAGAAUGGAAGUGGUUCUCUAACUCAAACUAAAAGCAAAGAGAAAACUAUUUCUAAGGAAUCAAAAGCUGGGAAGUCGCUAGAAAGAGAGCAUUCUCCUGACGAGAUGCUUUUACAGCUCUGUUUGGCUGCCAAAGAUCCCAUGGGGGUGAACAACUCUUCUGUGAAUACCUUCUUCUCGGAGUUCAGGGAUACAGUUUCCUUGGACCUACCCACUUUGGAAGAAAAUGAGGAAUCGUUGGCAAACUUGUUUGGUGGUAACACCGGAAAAGAACUAACCAAGAAUGGAAGAAAAUCAAACAUGUCUGGAAUGAAUGAUCUACCUAAUCAGCUUGGUUCAGUGAAUGAGUCAUACUGGUCAGAAAGAAUAGGUCGAAGCGUUCCCGAAGAUCAAAAUGAAAUGGGCGAGGUUCGACUUGAGACAAGCAAAGAGGAAAUAACGCAAACAACCCUUGGAUUGGAUUCUGAACAGAAAACUUAUAGUGAGAAUCUUGAAACGGAAGCAGAGAAGCUGGCGACCGACCCCUCGACUGGGAGUUCCAAGGAAGAUCUCUCUCCAACAGCACUGAUUUUGAACUUCACAGACUUCGAUUCUGUUCCUUCAGAAACUAUCCUCAACAAGAUAUUUAGCCGUUAUGGGCCUCUGAAUGAAUCGGAGACCGAAGUCUUCAAGAAGAGCAGCCGCGCCAAAGUGGUCUUCAAGAGACGUUCUGAUGCCGAAACAGCUUUCAGUAGUGCAGGGAAAUACAGUACAUUUGGGCCUUCACUUCUCAGUUACAGGCUCAAGUAUUUAUCAUCUAGACCAGGUAAAGCUUCUCCAAAUUCAAAGAAGAAGCGAAGUAAGACGGAUAAGGCAUCUCCAGAGGACAAUGCAAAGUGAUGCCUCUACCGAGACUACUGAUGAAGAAGAGUUCGUCACAUUAAUGUGGUCACCUUGGUAUUUUUGUCUGUGGGUGGUUUUGACAUGCAAAAUGAGGUAGUUUUUGCCGUUUUGGACAGUUGGGCUUAGUCAUUUAUGUUGAAAAUGUUAGGAAAGAGGUUAACCCGAGACAUGUAUAGUGUUCUCAUUGUAGGUAUUGGCAUUGUUAGUGAUUAGUGAACUAGGUCUAAUACUACAACCUUAAUCUUCAUGUUCUGCUUCAAUGAUUUGUUGGUUAUUUUGUGGAGAAAUUCAAGGACAAUGGCUAGUUUUAUGCACAUAGGCUGCUUUUGAAAAAUCAGAUAAUCACCUCCUUA